AUGGCUAACUUUGUGCCCAUGAUGAGUGGAAACAAGUCUCUUUGCACUAAAUUCACAUUUGUGGCUUUUUCUUCUUUAGCUGACUUACAAAUUGUACUCUUCAUCAUUUUCUUAAUAAUGUACUUAUUUACUGUGGGAGGAAACAUCACAAUCAUCUGUCUGAUCUGGGUCACCCCUUCCUUGCACACUCCUAUGUAUUUCUUCCUGAUGAACCUUUCCUUUCUGGAGAUGUGCUACAUCACCAGUGUAGUGCCUCAGAUGCUGGUGCACCUGCUAGUGGAGAACAAGACCAUAAGUCUGGCGGCCUGUGCAGCACAGAUGUACAUAUUUGCCAUCUUGGGACUGACAGAAUGCUGCCUUCUAGCAGCCAUGGCUUAUGAUCGCUUUGUAGCUAUUUGUUACCCAUUGCAUUAUACUCUCCGGAUGAGCCCUCCUGUCUGUUUGAAAUUGGCUGCAGCAUCUUGGAUCACUGGGAUGGUGGUAGAAUCAUCACAGAUCAGAUGGAUCUUCAGUCUGCCUUUUUGUGGAACAGGAAAGAUUGAGCACUUCUUUUGUGACAUCAUGCCUGUAGUUAAACUGGCUUGUGUGGAUACUUCCCACCAUGAGAUUGUGAUUUUUGUUGUUUCUGUCCUCUUUAUUAUGAGUCCUUGUUUUCUCAUUCUGUGCUCCUACAUACGCAUUGUCUUAGCAAUACUAAGAAUCCCUUCAGCAGCUGGCAGACACAAAGCUUUCUCUACAUGUUCCUCUCACGUCCUUGUUGUUUCUCUGUUCUAUGGCACAGCCUUGUUUACUUAUCUCCAACCCAAGAAUGCACACACUCCAGACACAGACAAGGCCACUGCACUCAUGUUUACGUUGGUCACACCUGCUCUGAAUCCUGUCAUUUAUACUUUGAGAAACAAAGAGGUGAAGGAAGCCUUUCGCAAGGUAAUGCAUAGGGACUGUCUUAGACAAAUGCACUGA